AUGAAAUCUACGGCUACAACCAAAAAGUGGGGCCGAGAAACAAGCCAAACUACAGAUUGUGUCUUGAUUUCAUUCUUCUUCUUGAAUGAAGUGCUUAAGAGGGACAACACACCCAUUAAAACCAGUGACUCGGGGAAUGCGAGUGCUGACGUCCAGGCGCCGUCACCUGCUGAGCGGCAGCACGAAAACGUCGCGGAGGAGUUGCGCCUGUUUCGCAGUGAGUUUAGGGCUGCCAGAGACGACAUUGCAGGCCUCAGGCAUGAAGUGGCGGAGCUGCGCGAGCUCAUAACGGGAUAUCAGGCGCGCUUCGAGGCAGUGGAGGAGAGGGUGAAGGCACUGGAGGAGCAGUCGCAAGAACGCGCGUCGGGCGGGGCAGACUACAAUGAGCUGGCGGGUACUGUGGCAGCGCUGAAGCAGGAGCUGUCCGACCGCGACCAGGAUCUGCUCUUAAGUGACCUGGAGAUAGCGGGAGUUCCUGAGCACCCAAAUGAGAACCCUUCACAUCUGACGAGUCUGAUCGCGCAGAAACUUGGGGUCAGCCUGGACGAGCGCGACGUCGUAUUUGCCGAGAGAGUCGGUCCGAGGAGGCUGGUGCCAGCGGCAUCGGGGACCGGUGGUGAGGCGUCAUCUGAGGCUGUGGCGGGGCGUGCGCGCCCGCGGCCGCUAGUGGUCCGGCUCGCGCGCCGCGGGAUCCGCGGCGAGUUGCUGCGUGCCGCGCGGACGCGCCGCGGGGUCGACACGUCCGGUUUCGGCUUGCCGGGAGAAGCCAGGCGGUUCUACGUCAAUGAGCGGUUGACGAGGCUAAACCGGUCCUUGUUGUAUAGCGCUCGUCAGGAGUGCAAGCGAUUGGAGUGGCGUUAUUCCUGGACCAAGGAUGGGCGCGUCUACGUACGUCGAAAGAGUGGGGACGCAGCGCACCGGAUAAAAUCUGAGGACGAUAUAGGAAAGGUUUUUGGGUAG